CUGGGGGUUUGCUGGCGUGGUUCAGCCUGUUUCCCAAGCGGGCACUGGACACAAUGAACUUUGAGGUGAUCAAAGGCCAGCCCAUCCGCAUCAUGUGGUCCCAGCGAGACCCAGGGCUUCGCAGGUCAGGUGUGGGUAACAUCUUCAUCAAGAACCUGGAGGAGUCCAUUGACAACAAGGCCCUAUACGACACCUCCUCCACCUUUGGGAACAUCCUCUCUUGCAAGCUUCCUUGGCCACUUCAAGUCCUGACAGGAGCGGGAGGCCAAGCUGGGGGCCCGGCCUCGGAGUUCACCAACACCUACGUGAAGAACCUCCAGGUGGACGUGGACGAGCAGGGCCUGGGGCAGCUCUUCUUCCAGUUUGGGAAGAUGCUGAGUGUGAAGGUGAUGAGGGAUGACAGCGGCCACUCCCCAGACUUUGUCAACUUUGAGAAGCAUGAGGAAGCCCAGAAGCCUCCAGCCCCGGCUGUGUACUGCGGCUCUGGCCCCCGUCCAGCCUGCCCCCAGGUGGAUGGCCCAGCCUCCUGGAUCCUCCCGUGAGUGACGCCGCCCCUUCCACCCAUGAGUGUGGGAGAAACAUUGAUGUGAGAGAAACAUGGAUCAGUUGCCUCUCCAAUGUGCCCCAGCCAGGGACUGAACCUGCAACCCAGGCAUGUGCCCUGACUGGGAAUCGAACCUAUGACCUUUCAUUUUGCAGGACAACACCCAACCAACUGAGCCAUGCUGGCCAGGGCCAGAUUGGCUCCUCUUUAAAAUGGGGAUGAGAACAGUUUUCCCGUUUUGUUGUGUGGGUGAAUGGGAUCACACAUGCAGGGACUUAGCGCUGGGUCUGAACUCAGUAGGUUCACAGCGGCAGCUGUGAACAGGGAGAAGACUG